UUUUGGUCACGAGAAGAGGGGUUCCUUAGGCGGCGCCGCUGCGAGUAGGAGAAGUCUAGGAGGGAGCCGAGCAGGGUGCGCCCCUGCUUGGGGAGGGCCGAUGGGUUCCACGGCUUUUUGCAGCAUUUGCCCUUCUCUCACCUGAAGGAAAAACUCUAGGGAAAUCGACUCGUGCCAGAGAAAGAUGAGUUCGAUAUUGACCGCAAGUCUAGGCAGUGACGCUGAGGCGGGGGCCAAGGUUGCCGCGCCACCCUUGCGUGAUGGACUUUUGAUAGUGAAAGUGGAGGAAGACUCAUUCGGAGGUCUGGAGUCCGACUUGCCCGGGGACUGUCAGGAUUCCGAAACUUGUCGACUGCAUUUUAGGCGGUUCCGUUACCAGGAGGUGGCUAGUCCAGAAGAGGCACUGAGCCGGCUCAGGGAACUUUGUCGUCGGUGGCUGAGGCCUGAGAUGCAUUCGAAGGAGCAGAUUCUAGAGCUGCUGGUACUAGAACAGUUCCUGGCCAUCCUGCCCCCAGAGCUGCAGGCCUGGGUGCGGAAGCACUGCCCCCAGAGUGGGAAGGAGGCAGGGGCUGUAGUGCGGACUCUUCAGAGGGCACUGGGUGAGCCCUCACCCCAGGGUUUGGUGAAUGUCAAGGAUGUGGCUGUCUCUCUAACCUGGGAGGAGUGGGAGCAUCUGGAUCCAGUUCAGAGGGUCUUCUACAGGGAGAGCAAACCAAAGGAUUAUGGGAACAUAGCCCCACCAAGUUUGGAAACCAGAACUGAGAACAAAGAGUUGAUUCCAAAGCAAGAAAUUCUAGAAGUAGAGCCACAGAGGCAGCUACAGGAAGCAUCCCAGGGGAAGGCUCCCUUGUUUUCCCAUGAGGACAGGGUAGAAAAGCAGUCAGGAACCCCCUCAUCACUGAAAUUUGAAAAUUCUCCAGAAGAGCAAGGACUCACCAGCAUCUCAGAUCUCAAGAAUGGUCCAACGGAAGAGGGAGACUCCAAAAAUAAUGAAUUUGGGAAUAGUGCCAGAAGUUCACACUUUGUUUUUUGUCAGCGUGGCCUGACAGUAGAGAGAUCUGUUAAUGGUGAUGAAUGUUGCAUUCAUAGUUCAGGCCUUUUUGAGACUCAGAGGCAGUUCCGUGAAGAAAGACCUUAUAAAUGUGAAAGCUGUGAGAAGAGUUUCAAACAGCGUUCUGACCUCUUUAAACACCGGAGAAUCCAUACUGGAGAGAAACCCUACGAAUGCCAAGAAUGUGGGAAGAGCUUCAGUCAGAGUGCUGCCCUAAUUAAACACCAAAGGACACAUACAGGGGAAAAACCAUAUACGUGUCCCAAAUGUGGGGACAGCUUCAGACAGAGCUCACAUCUCAAUCGGCAUCAAAAAAUACACAUAGGAGAGAAACACUAUAAAUGUAAUGAAUGUGGGGAAACCUGCCGUAUUUCCAACCGUUUUAGACAUCAGAGAAUCCAUAAAGGGGAGAGACCCUAUACAUGUGAAGAAUGUGAAAAGAGCUUCAAACGGUGCUCUGACCUCUGUAAACAUCAGAGAAUCCACACUGGGGAGAAACCUUAUGGAUGUUCUGUGUGUGGGAAACGCUUCAGUCAGAGUGCAACCCUCAUUACACACCAGAGAACUCACACUGGAGAAAAACCUUAUAAAUGUCUUGAAUGUGGAGAAAGCUUUAGACAGAGUCCACACCUUAUCCGACACCAAAGGAUCCAUAGAAAUAAAAUCCUGUCAUUUUGACAUACUUUUGCAUGAACUGUUUUGUUUUUUCAUUGCCCAAAUACUGCAUUCUUUGGCUUGUGGAGUAUUUCAGUCAAUCAUGGAUUAUAUUUCCUUGGGCAUCACACCCAAGAUAGAUUCAUUCUGACUCAAGUCUCAAGACAUACUUGAUAAGAGUAUUACAAAGAAGGAGAAACCUAUCAGUUGGAAGCCCCUCCAACAUGAUUCUGGGGAGACUUCUGAUAAGAGCGAGGGCUGACAUGCGACAUUCUGUCCUUGUCUCAUCACUCUCCUACCUCUCCUCUUGAACAACCAAAUCUUGGCGCACUCUAGUUACUUCCGUAAGAAUUAAUUUUGGUCACUCAGAAUUGUCUUUCUACUUAGAUGGCAGAGAGGAUUGCAAAUACUUUAUCAUCCAAAACAACUCAUAUAGUUCAGUGUAUACAAGAGCCACUCUAUAUAUUUGAAUUAAAAAAAUUAAUUUUGCAGAA